AUGUGUAAAUCAAACGAAGUGGUCGAACAAGAGCCUCAAUUGGCUGCUGGAGAGUUUGUUUGCGUUGAUGACAUCGACUUUUGUGAUCGAGAAUUCGAGGAGAGUCGCCGACUCGAGUUUCAAGCCGGAUUCCGUCGUCGUGCCCCACGUUGGGUUGCUCGGAAUGUUCUUCUUUUCGGCAUAAUGCACUCAAUGGCCCUCGUCGGUCUGUACCACGCCGUCGUCAACGCCAAGUGGUACACGCUCGCCUUAGCGCAAGUGUGUUGGACAAUGGGGAUUCUCGGGAUCACCACUGGAGCCCAUCGCCUCUGGUCCCACCGCUCGUUCAAGGCUGAGACUCCUUUCCGAGUGAUGCUCAUGUUGUUCCAAACUGCUGCUGGACAGAAUUCGCUCUACGAAUGGGUUCGUGAUCACCGCUGCCAUCACAAAUGGACCGACACCGAUGCAGAUCCGCAUAAUGCUUCUCGUGGCCUUUUCUUUGCUCACAUUGGCUGGCUCUUGCAACGUAAAGACAAAGCUGUCAUCGAGAAGGGACGCCAAAUUGAUAUGUCUGAUCUCCUUUCAGAUCCUGUGAUCGUCUUUCAGAAAAAAUUCUAUUUCCCGCUUUGGAUUCUCUUAUGCAUUCUCCUCCCAACCGCCAUUCCCGUCUACUUCUGGGGAGAGGAUCCAUCCGUCGCUUAUUUUGUUGUUCUAGCUAGAUAUGUUCUUUCACUUCACGAGACUUGGACCAUCAACUCUUUGGCUCACAGCCAUGGUGACAAGCCAUACGAUGGACGCAUCCGAGCCACCGAUAGCCCUUUGAUGGCAAUGGUGACUUAUGGAGAAGGCGGCCACAACUACCACCACACUUUCCCAUCAGACUAUCGCACCUCCGAGUUCAACUAUUGCUUCAAUGCCGGAAAGAUCCUUAUCGACUUGGGUGCUACUAUUGGCCAAGUGUAUGAUCGAAAAGUCGUCGGUGAAGAAUUCAUUCAACGGCGUAUCGCCGCCAACGAAACCAUGUUCGGGAAAAGCGAAUACUAUGCCGAGUUCGCGUCGUCAUGGAAAAAAACUUCC